AAAUAUUAAAAGAAUUUGCUAAAACUAAAGAUGAUAAAGAACAUAGAAUUGGAGUUGAUAAGAUAAGAAAACAAGAUCAGAAAGCUGCUAUUAAGCUGCUUGAAGGUUUAGUUAAAGAAGGAUAUUUAAAAGCAU